UUUUUUUUUCCCCUCGAUCCGGCUAUGGUUGCUGUUGUGCUGUAGCCAUCCUAGCAGUGGACAGGUUGUUGUCGUCAAAAAGUUUCUGAAAACGUGAUGAAUCAUAACACCAUGUGAACCAGCGUUGCGGCAGAUACAGACCACCAUGGGUAGGAGAAAUGGCAAUGCUAUCUCCCACGGUUUUCCAGUGGUGGUGGUGUGCCUUGCUGCCUUGCUCCUCAGCAAUGCUUUGAUCUACCUAUAUCUGGACUCUGUGUAUCAGUCUGAUGAGCUGGUGUCCCCUCAUGUGGGGUGUGUUCCUCGGCACUUCAAAAUGGUGACCAUGAAGAACUGCACCCCUUGGCUCCAAUGUUCACAGAUAAAUGCAGAAGUACGCAAGCUGAAGCUGAUCGGCCAGGGAGCUGUUAAAAAGGUCUAUCUGGCUGAGUGGAGAGCUCAGAAGGUGGCUCUGUCCAAACUAUCCUCUCUGGAUUACGUGGAAGAUUUUCUCCAUGGAUUGUCCAUGUUACAGGCCUUGCAGGGCCCCCAGGUGGUGCAGUUGGUGGGGUUUUGCCUUGAAGACCACACCCUGGUCACAGAACACCACCCACUUGGCUCAUUGCUUAACUUGGAUGGUGUUCUUGCACAAGAGCGGCACCAGCAACAUAACACCUGGCAGACACGGCUGAGGCUGGCUACAGACUUUGUCUCCAUCCUCCAUUAUCUCCAUAACAGCCCAGCUGGGAGGAGGGUUAUGUGUGAUUCCAACAGUCUGGAGAAAACACUCUCGCAGUUUCUGCUGACAAGCGACUUUCACCUGGUAGUAAACGAUCUGGAUGCAUUGCCUGAGGUGGACCCAUCCAGAGGCUUGUUGGUGAAAUGUGGCCGCCGAGAGCUCACUGGGGACUUUGUGGCCCCAGAGCAGCUGUGGCCAUUCAGAAACAAAGGGAAGCCAUUUUCAGACAAUCUCAUGCCUGAGUAUGAUGAGAAGACAGAUAUCUGGAAGAUCCCAGAUGUGACAUGGUUCCUGAUGGGAAGGGUACCUGGAGGUGAUUUAGUCCACUUCCAUCUUUUUGAGAUCCAUGAGGAGUGUAAGAAGGAAGAUCCCAAGCUCCGACCUUCAGCUGUGAAUGUUUUAAAAGUGUACAAAUCAGUCUACAGCAGCAUGGUGCGAGACAAUGCUGGCUUUAGAGACAUGCUGUAGAAUAAUAACUCACUCAAAAAGACCAUAAAAAUACAAUAAAAGUUCAAGAUACAGUUUUACAUUGUGGUGCAGUAUAAUAAAUUUUACUA